CUACUGUCCUAAUCUGAGGUCGGUGAAAUGGAUUAAAUUUGCAUACAAAGGCUCUGUUUAUAACUAUUGUCAGAACACAGAACAUGUAUUAACAAUGGACAAUCUAUAGAGCGUUCAUGCAAACUUUUUCCCUUCACUGUAGUCUUCCUCCUCUGGUCUGCCCCAAUGGCACAUACAGUAUUUCUGGUAGCACCAGCUGUUCCCAGUGUCCUCCAGGAUACCACUGUCCCAGUGCUGCUGGUCCUCCUCUUCUCUGUAACCUUGGUUUCCAAAGCACAGCAGGAUCAACUGAAUGCUCACUAUGUCCUGCUGGGUUUGCUUGCCCGGUACCUUCUGAUCUUUCUCUCAACUUUGUGUGUCUCCCCGGGUCGUUCUCUGGUGAAGGAGAGAGUGUGUGCAAGGCAUGCCCGGCCGGUUGGGCAUGUCCAAACACCAGCACCAGUAUAGUAUGUGAGCCUGGGAGCUUUUCAUUGGAUGGCUAUAAUGAAUGUGAGCCUUGCCUCGCUGGGUGGGCGUGUCCGUACACUACUGGUCAUGGCAACUCUCCUUGCAUCCUGGGCACCUUCUCUUCUGGUAAUGCGACCUCUUGUACCCUGUGUCCCCCUGGCCAUGCCUGUCCCUUCACAACGCUUGACCUCCCUCAGCCAUGCUCUCAGGGCACCUACGCUGAGGAAGCCCAAACGAGCUGUACCCCAUGUCCCCCCGGCUAUUCUUGUGAUGUCACUACUGCCCCACCCACUGACUUAUGCACACUGGGGUCAUAUAGUCCCAUUGGAGUUGGUGAAUGCAUACCUUGUCCCCCUGGGUGGGCCUGUCCCUCAACGAUGACAUCAGAUGUUAUCACCACAUGCUUUCCCGGGACAUACUCUCUUGAUAUGUUCACACGGUGUGAGAUGUGUCCAGCUGGUUCUCACUGUCCGAACACCACCUCCCUCCCUCUUCCCUGUCCCACCGGUUACUACAGCCUCAAUAAUGCAAUCGCUUGCACUCCCUGUCCCCCUGGGUUCAGCUGCCUUGCUUCCGAUUCCCUUCCUACAGUUUGUGACGUUGGCACGUACAGUCCUGGAGUGACAGAUUCUUGUUUACCUUGUGACCCUGGUUACCUAUGUGAGCAAGGAGCUACAGCUGCUAAUCUCUCAAUGUCCCUGUGUCCGCCAGGCUCGUAUUGUCCGGAUGGUGCCAGUCAGCUACCUUGUCCUGCCGGUACCUAUGGCAAUGGAACUGGUUAUAUUCAAGUAUCAGAAUGUUCCUUGUGUAUUCCUGGUUUCUACUGCCCUGAAGCAACACCUGGAUAUCCCACGGCUACUUUGACAUGCUCUAGUGGUCACUACUGUCCAACUGGCACAGCUACUCGGUUUGAAUUCCCUUGCCCUGAUGGCACGUACAGUACUGUUUUUGGAUUGGAGCGAGCUAAUCAAUGUUUGAACUGUCCAGCUGGUCGAUAUUGUAGUGGGGGCGAUGCUAUAGGAGGUCAGUUGUGUACGAGGGGCAACUAUUGCCCACACAACUCAACUGGACCAAUUCCAUGUCCUGGAGGGACGUACACUGAAGCUACCGGCUCUCAUGAACUAUCUUUGUGUAAGCAAUGUCCGGCGGGUUUCUAUUGCACAUCUGGUACCGACUCCCCAACCCCCUGCUCCUCUGGUACGUACAACUCCUUAAUAGGACAAGAUGCCCCUGAUGAUUGUCAACCGUGUCCUGCUGGUCAAGCCUGUACCACUAUCGCACUCACAGCACCUAACGAACUAUGCUCUCCAGGGCACUUCUGUCCGGAAAGAUCCGAUAAAGCAGCUGAUCUAGCAAAUGAAUGUUCAGCUGGAACAUUCACAGACUAUCAUAACUUGACGGUCGCUGACGAGUGCAGUGUUUGCCCAGCUGGGUGGGCAUGUCUGUCUGGAACAGGGGGUAUAUCCUCACCUCGUUUGGCUUGUGCGAUGGGCCACUUCUGUCCCAAUGGCACACAGUUCCCUACUCAGUACCCCUGUACAGCUGGGUCAUACGGCAACAGUACAAGACUACAACGGCAAGUGGAAUGUGAACUGUGUCCUCCUGGACUCUACUGUUUGGGUGGUGGGAGCACCACCUCUGGACCAUGUGACCAAGGCCACUACUGUCCUCAAGGUACUAAGUCCCCCACUGAAUUCUCUUGUCCUGCUGGUACAUACUUUGACCAGACUGGAAAUGUGAGGAUUCAAAACUGUAUUCAAUGUACGGCUGGUCACUAUUGUCCCCUUGCCUCAGUCUUGCCCACCCCCUGCACUGCAGGCACUUUCUCAGACUCUCUGGGAGCUACUGAUGUAUCAACAUGUCAAGUCUGCCCCGGUGGCUACAGUUGUCCAAGCAAUGCUGUGGUAUCUCCAUCAGCAUGUGGAAUUGGAUUCUUUUCAGACAAUGGAGCUUCUUCUUGCAUUGUUUGUUCCCCUGGUUACUACUGUGACAAUGUCACUACUAGUCUAGUGGAUCUCCACAGUAACAAGAUAUGUCCUGCCGGGCUCAGUUGUACUGAUAGUGGGCACAUAUCUCCACCCAACCUCCUCCUCAAUGCUUGUCUCUCAGGACACUACUGCCUGCCUGGUGAUGUGGAUCCUUUUCCGAUUCCCUGUCCCAACGGUACGUACACUCCCCUCACUGGACGCAAGACAGUGGACCAGUGUACCCCAUGUCCCCCUGGCAAAUUCUGCUCACCUGAGGGCAGGCCCCAACCAGCAGGAGAUUGUGCUUUAGGACACUUCUGCCCUAUUGCUACUCGCUUUGAAGACGAGUUUCCUUGUCCAACUUCGACCUUCCUCUCCAAUGCUUCAGCUGAGAGCUUAGACGCUUGCACAACCUGUAUAUCCGGCUUCUACUGCCCCCACCCUGGUUUAGGGGAGCCCAUCACUUGCCCUCGAGGAUACUACUGCGUUACAGGUAGCCACACACCCCAACCAUGCCCCCCUGGCACAUAUGGGAACUCUACUAGCCUGAGACGCAGUCAAGAGUGUCUCCCUUGUCCUGGAGGUCAAUACUGCGAUGGAUUUGGACGUCCUGAGCCAACAGGUCCCUGUGAUGCUGGUUUUUUCUGCCGUUCUAGAGCGUCUGUGUCAGCUCCCACUGAUGGUAUCACUGGAGAUAUUUGCCCACGGGGAGGAUUCUGCCCUGAGGGUUCUGCCAUACAAGCCAACUGUCCUGUGGGAACAUAUGGCAACUCCACAGGGAAUCGUGCACCUGAGGAUUGCAUUGUCUGUGACCCUGGUUUCUUCUGCUCUGGAGACAACAACCCGUCGCCCACUGGUCUGUGUGCAGAGGGCUGCUACUGUCCUGGGGGUGCUAAUUCUUCCUGUCAGAUCCCUACCCCACCUGGAGCUUUCACCACACUCGGUGCAGCUGCCCCAAUACCCUGUCUGGAGGGAACAUACCAACAGGCGAGUCGUCAGUCCUCGUGCACCCCCUGUCUCCCCGGACUCUACUGCCCAGAUAGGGGGCUUAUACUAGGCAAAACUUGCCCUCAGGGCUCCUACUGCCCCUCAGGCUCUGCUGUGCCCACCUCAUGCCUGCGGGGCACCUUCAGCAAUACUGAGGGACUCUUCAAUGCCAGUUCAUGUGAUCUUUGCAUCCCUGGAAGCUACUGUAUUGCAGAGAACUUGACAACACCUAGUGGAUUUUGCGACCCUGGACACUAUUGCUUGGCAGGAGCUGAGCUACCCAAUCCUGGGUUUCUUGGAGAGACGUAUGGUGACCUUUGUCCUCCAGGAUACUAUUGUCUUGUUGGGACCACAUCUCCUACACAGUACCCCUGUCCUCCUGGUACUUUUAACCCAUCCAGCGGAGCAUCAGGCCCCUCCCACUGUUUGCCAUGCACCGGUGGACAUGUUUGCUCGGAAUUUGCUCUCUCCUCCCCUAAUGAAGGAUGCUCUCCAGGUCACUUCUGCGCACUCAACGCUACACACUCAAAUCCAAUUGGUGAAGAAUGGGGUGACCUUUGCCAUCUUGGUCACAUUUGCACUGGUAACAAUUCUCAACCAAUCGUUUGUCCCGAUGGCUCGUUUUCAAACGUCACUGGUGCGAUUGUAUGCACUCCCUGUCCCGCUGGAUUGUAUUGUGUCAGUGGAUUGAUUAUGUUGGACUGCCCGCCAGGCUAUGUAUGCCCUGAAGGCACUGGUUUGAAUUGGACAGUGUGUCCUACCGGUACUUAUAACCCCAGCUCAAAUGGAGGUUCUCUAGAAGAUUGUUUGCCCUGUCCUGGGGGAAGAUUUUGUGCUGGAACUGCUAUUAGUGACUUCAACGGUUUUGAUGCUGGCAAUUGUUUAGCAGGGUAUUAUUGUUUGGAAGGUAUCAAUACUCCUACCCCCACACCCCCACUGCCCACUGGAGUGGGUGGAAUUUGUCCUCGGGGAUUUUAUUGCCCUCUUGCCACGUAUACACCACUCCCAUGUCCACUAGGAACAUUUUCAAGCAAUCCACAACUAAUGAAUGUAUCACAGUGCCUUGACUGCAUCCCUGGUAGCUAUUGUGCCGAGACGAACUUGACUGCCCCUACAGGAGAUUGUGACGGCGGGUUUGUAUGCACAGGUGGAGCAGCUGUGCUUAAUCCAGAUGGUAGUGAUUUGACCGGCUUUCCCUGUCCACCUGGAAGUUACUGCCCACCUGGGUCUUCCAGUGCUCUUCCCUGUAAUGCAGGAGAAUACAAUCCCAUAGAAGGUCAAGCGCUUUGUUUCCCAUGUCCAAGUGGUUUCUAUUGUCUCGAAGGAUCGUUGGACUUUAAUUUAACUGUCUGUCCGAUGGGGUACUACUGUCCUGAGGGGACUACACACCCGUUAGAGUUUCCCUGCCCUCCCGGUACAUACAGAAGUUUGUUUAGAGCUCAAUCUCUCGAAGACUGUAUGCCUUGUGAUCCUGGAAUGUAUUGUGAGGGAGGUCAAACCUCACCCGACGGACUCUGCCACCCCGGUUGGUUCUGUGUUAGAGGCUCCUCUUCACCCCAACCUUUUGACUCUGGAACAAUUUCCAACUCCUCACAGCAAUGCUACUGUUUUAAUGUAUCUGUGGGUGGUCAAUGUGAACCUGGGUUCUACUGCCCAGGGGGUUCGAAUCACCCAACCCCUUGUCCUCCUGGUAUGUACUGCGAUGGUGUUGGACUCACUGCCCCCACUGGAAUUUGCUUAUCCGGCUUCUACUGUCAAUCAGCUUCAUCAGUCCCCAACCCCAGUGAUGGAGUAACUGGUUUUCCAUGUCCGCUUGGCCAUUAUUGUGGUGUGGGUGUUAUCAAUCCAACUCCUUGCCCUGUAGGUACCUAUCUCAAUGCUACUGGUUCUCAAAACUCUACAGAUUGUAUACUAUGCACGGCAGGUUACUACUGUGGUAGCGAUGGCCUUCCAGUUCCAUCUGGGCCUUGUAAACCCGGCUAUUUCUGCCCAGAAGGCUCAAUAAUCCCAAACAAUGUCAGUUACAUAUGCACCCCUGGGCACCAAUGCCCUGAAGCUAGUGAGAAUGAGGUACUAUGUGAGGGUGGUACUUAUCAACCUAACUAUGGAGAAGCUAACUGUACUGUGUGUCCAGAACGAUUUUAUUGUCCCUUCAAUGCUAGUAAUCCGUUAUCCGAGUUCUUCGUUUGUCCAGUCGGCUUCUACUGUCCACAAGGAACACAAAGUUCCACUGAGUUUCCUUGUCCUCCUGGUACGUACAACUCAUUACCAAACAGAGGAAAUCUAACAGAGUGUAACUCUUGUCUUGGUGGUAGAUACUGCGCUACUAACGCACUCUCGAGUGCGUCUGGGUCUGGGCCGUGCAUGGGUGGUUACUUUUGUCGGCUCGGAGCUACUAAACCCAAUCCUACUGAUGGAGUGACAGGAAAUAUCUGUCCCUCAGGUCAUUAUUGCCCUCAAGGGUCUAACGAGCCGUUAGAGUGCCCUAUUGGAACAUUUUCUCCUGUGAACGGUUCUGUUGGUCUCGCCGAUUGUAUUCCAUGCUCCCCUGGAGAGUAUUGUGAACUACCAGCUUCGUCGCAGUCAUCUGGAUUAUGUGAUCCAGGGUAUUUUUGCCUGAGUCGAGCAACUACACCCACACCUACAAAUGGUGUGACCGGAGACUUUUGCCAGGCUGGUUUUUUCUGCCCGGGUGGAUCUAAUCUGCCUGUACCCUGCCCACCUGGAUGGUUCAGCAGUGAGCCUUUCGCUAGUAACUGUUCUCAGUGUCCGUCAGGUUUUUACUGCACUAAUGCAUCCUCAGACCCCAUACAAUGUCCGCUGGGUUACUAUUGUCCUGAAGAAACUGGAUUUGAUUGGUUGCCUUGCCCGGCAGGCACAUUUAGCAAUAACGAAGGACUCUCUACUGUUGAUGAGUGUAUUCCGUGCACAGGAGGUUCUUACUGUUCCAGUAUUGCAGGUACUGCACCUAUUGGACCUUGUGAGGCUAGCUAUUUUUGUACCACUGGAUCUGAUUCUUCCACGCCUGAUGGACUCAGUAAUGUAGGUAUGGCUGGUCCUUGCCCUGAGGGGAACUAUUGUCCGUUAGCAACGGAUACACCCACUCCUUGUCCCCCUGGAACUUUCUCUAAUGUUACACUACUAUUCGCUGAGUCUCAAUGUCUCUCCUGUACCCCUGGUAGUUUUUGUGAUGGAACUGGUCUGAGCAUGCCAACUGGAUUCUGCACACCUGGUUAUUACUGCACUCUCGGCUCUCCCAUUGCUACCCCCCUAACCAAUGACAGUUUUGGAGGGAUCUGUCCCAUUGCUCACUAUUGCCCCCUGGGAAGUGUGUUUCCACUUCAAUGUGAACCUGGGACAUAUAAUCCUAUCAUAGGAAGAGAACAGUGUCUACCUUGCCCUGCUGGUUUCUUUUGUACAGGAAACUCCACUGACAUUGACUUUGUCUGCCCAGUGGGCCAUUAUUGCCCUAGUGGCACAUCGUUUCCAGAACCUUGUCCACCUGGUACUCUCAAUGACUUCCCAGGUAGAAGCAACCUCUCCGACUGCAAGCCAUGCCCCCCUGGGGAGUUCUGUGGACAAUCAGGACUUUUCACCCCUUCUGGAUCAUGCUCUGGUGGCUGGUAUUGCUCUCUCGGAUCACCCACCCCUCAACCAAGCGACCCACUUAUUGGUGGACGCUGUCAACCAGGAUUCUAUUGUCCAAAUGGCUCUUUUUCUCAACUACCCUGCACCUCUGGCUACUACUGCGACAUCACUGGACUUAGUGAAGUGUCUGGUCCAUGCAAUGCUGGCUAUUUCUGCAGUGUGGGAGCAGACAUACCCACUCCUACUGAUGGAUUUACAGGUGACUUUUGCCCAUGCGGACACUACUGCCAGCUGGCUACAAAUCGGCCUCAACCAUGCCCUCAAGGACUAUACUCCAACGUCUCUGGCAACUCAGCUCCCAGCGACUGCACACCUUGCGAAGCUGGGAAGUAUUGUGAAAGUGAAGGAUUGUGUGCACCAACAGGGCCGUGUGCAGCUGGUUAUUACUGCCCGUCUGGUCAAAGUUCAUCUCAACCAAAUGACUAUGUCUGUAUCACUGGACACAGCUGCCCUGAGGGUAGUGUAAUACCAGUGCCUUGCACCUCAGGACGCUAUCAGAACUUGCCAGGACAAUCCACAUGUCUCCCCUGUUCCUCAGGCCAUUACUGUCUAGAAGGCAGUGUAAAUCCCACCCCCUGUCCUGCCGGAACACUUAGGAACGAGACAAAUGGUAUAAGUUCAGGUGAUUGUGAGCUUUGCACUGGAGGGUACUAUUGUCCUACUAGAAACUGCCAGCCGGAACUCAACAUCAGCAUUGCUAACACUACCUUGUUUGAAUUCAGCCCUGCAAACACCAGCAGUAUGUGUGUUACCAAUACCACUUGGCCCAGUAGCUGCUUAUGCAACUCUGAACUAACUCUUGACUCAAACAUCCAUGGAAUAUCUUGCUCCUCUGGCUCGUAUUGUCCCCCCGGCUCACCUACCCCCCUUGUGUGCCCUGGGGGACACACUUGUGGCGAUAGGAGCUCUCAGCCAAGUGGUUGCUCAGCUGGAUACCACUGUACUCCUGGGUCGGUGAUGGAGACACGAUGUGAGCACCCAUAUUAUUGUCCGCCAUUAUCAGAAGCGCCUCUAUCUUGUCCAAGUGGACACCUCGCUAGAAAUGUCAGUACUAGAAUUGACACACUUAGAACUAGUAUUGAGGAAUCCUGCUUUGCUUGUCAGCCUGGUUUCUAUAGCGAUGAUGGAAUGGAUUGCUACGAAUGUCCUCCCAGCUACUACUGCCCUGGACUAACCAGUAACCCUUUGGAUUUUCCUUGUCCUGUUGGAAGCUAUUGUCCUAGGGGAUCAGCGAUGCCCACCCCCUGCCCCCCAGGGAGUUUCAACCGCCUAACUUUGUCUGAAAAUGAGACAAAGUGCUUAGUUUGUCCGAUUAACACCUUCAGUUCUCUGCCUGGCCAAGUGGCAUGCCAGCAGUGUGGUAGCAGUGCAGUAUCAGUGAGUGCCGGGACCACCUGCUCAUGUGUGGGUGCUCACAGAGUGUUCUCCUCCCUUACCAGAGGGUGUGUGUGUGAGAGCGGCUAUACCUUCUUCAACCAGGCUAGUCAGGAUGACCCUCAGGCUGAUAGCACCCUUGACUGUCAGCUCAUAGUGGAUCAACGCUGCUCAAUCACUCAGGCUAGACUAGCUUCCAACAGAGGAUGUGUAGACUCCACCUACUCUUGUCAGGAUGAAUGUUUCUUCCAGGGAGGGAACGGGGCAUUCAGCAUCACACUGGGAUUGUGUCAGUGCUCAGCUCUAAUCGACCCUUUAGCCUUGUGUACAGGAGAGUGUCUCAAUUGUCGGCCUGAAAUAGGAGUGAAAAGAUCGCUGAAUAGCACACUGGUAUACACUGCGCGUGACUGCAAUGGAACAGUUUUAUCUGAGCAGGAGAUUGUAGGUGUGUUAGGAGUGAUCUCAUUGGAUGCUGAGAAUCGUCGGAGCCAGCUGGUCACACACACGGGAGAGGGGCAAGUAUUAGGUGCUUUCCCCACUACCAAUGCUCAGGCACUUAGUCUACUCUUAUCUUUGGUUGCAAGAAGACGACGGAGAAAUGCCAUGCCCACCCCAGAGAUCACGAACCCUGUAUUGUGUCUCGAGAUUGGAGAAGCAAUUCUUUUUCAAAUCACUCAGUCUGCUAACGGCUCCUACCAUUACCCUACCUAUGUCAAGGACCACCUUUUAAACACAAACACAAACUUUGAUUUUGGUGCAUUCUCUCAACUUGAUACUCUCCUUCGAUCGUCAGUUGACCUAUCAACUUUUGUACACGUUUUCCACAUCCCCGGAACCUAUGUCUUUGCCGACAGCCAAACACCUGGCAGUAUGACUGUUAUCAUGGUGAUAGAAUCUGGAACAACAUGUGAGCGUGACGGUCAAGAUUUCCGUGUCCUACCACUAUCGACAGCCACCCUCAAUCAAUUUGGUGUGACCACCUUGCCUGUUAUAAACCAAGAGCCUGACUUUCCUACCAUAUUUGGCAUUUUAGCAACAACUCUGUUGCUUGUCACUCUGGUAGUACUGCUGGUGUUCAUUUGGAAGCCUCAAACUGCUGGAAUAAAGACACCUGCUGCAUUGCAGCCUAUCUACCGUCGAGUGGACGAGCCUAAAGUUGUGUAUAUAAGAGGUGACUGUGGCUUAGAUUCGCUGGAAAAAAGAGGGGUGGGUGUAGGUGCUGUAACUGCAGGGAUUGGCUCUCUGGAUAACGUUCUCUUGGAAAACUUUAACAUUCGCACAUUGUAUGACAAACUAGAAGACCAAAAUCUACACGUAUCGGCUCAACUAUCCCGCCAACAAACUGACCUCAGAGCAUUCUAUGACAAAGUGGUACAGCAAGUAGAAGGACUUAAGGGGCUGGUAUCAGAGACUAGUGUACUCUCUACUGUAGAAGCUAGUCACAAUUUAACACACUUGCAGAAUUAUGAACAGCGGAUGGAACCAGUAGGCGCUGAGCAGCCUUCGGAGAUUCUUAAAUCAUCAUUUGUUGCCUCCCUGGGUUCCGAGCAGGAGAGUAUGUUGGUAGGGAUGUUGAGGGAGCUUCUGACGAAAGCAGGAUACAAAGGUCACCAAAGAAGUGUCCGUAAGCACACAGAAAAAGGAGAGAUCACAUCGACUGUAACAGCAAUGCAAGAAAUGGAGUCACGUCAUCUUGCUGAGAUCAAGGUUUCCUCUGUUCUGCUGUCCGAUGGAUUAUCUAAGGCGGCUAGUGACGAAGAGGUUAACAGGCUGCUCGAGGAGCAUGAGGAGAGCAUGGCAGUACUUCAUGCUCGUCAAAAGAGGGAGCAGAUGCAACAAAAAGAGGAACUGAAAAAGAAAUUGGCAGCUAGGCGUAAUAAGAAAUAUGCCGGUCUUCAGAGUGAUGAGGACCUAGUGGACACCUACCAGCAUCAAGUUUCUCUAGCCCUAGCUGAAGAUCUCUUGGAAGAGAGCUCCCUCGAGGCCCAGUCCUAUGAAUCUGCCAGAGAGGAGGUGGCUAUCGAGAUGGAGAGCCUGCUACACUCUACACUAGCAUCACUUGAGGGGGGUGAUCUGGCCACACCUACCAGGGAAGGUCUAUUGUCCGAGUAUAGUGGGGUGAGGGAAGCCAGUGUUAUUAAGGAACGGCAAAUAAGCCAGGUUAAAAGUCGAAUGGAACAAAAGAUGAGAGAGCGAAGGAAGAAGCUACAUUCCAAGCAGGAGGAUAACAGAUCAAAGGUUGAGAAAUCGCUGACUCGUGCAGUGGAAAGUGGUUCAAUGACAGAGGCAGCGAGAAUUGAAAAAGUUAAUGUGCUAGAUGUCCAAAACCAGAACGAGCAUAAAACCUUUAAAAGGCAGCUGUCAGCAGAGGUUGCUACCACUAUGGCAACACUCACUCAGCAGACGGCUAUAGAAUGCACUGACAAGGAGGUUCAGUGUGCACAGGACUUAAUAAAAAAAGAAUGUGUGGCCAGCGGAAAAAGCGACGAGGAAAUGGAUAUUGUUUGCCAGGGAUUCAAAGUUCAAGCCGAGGGUAUUAAGAGCAGAGCUGAGUCCAGGAGAAUAUCACAAACUUCCAAACUUAAGUCAAGACAAGAGAAGCGUAAGGCCCUGAAACUAGCAGAGGCAGUAGAGGCAGUGAUGGCAGGCAAUAUGGACACAAUCCUGGUGCCCACCAUAGAGCUGAAACCAUCUAUGGAAGAGCAGGUUCUGGUAGAACACCAAACACGCACCAGAGAGGAGCUGAGAGUCUCACAGGAAGGUCAGCUGCAGGAAUUAGCACAUGGUCUGGAAAAAGAAGCAGUGGCUGAGGAAAUGAGACUUGCUGCCAAUCUAGAACAGGUCAAGCAGAAGGCGUUGAGUGAGAGGAAACAAAGAUUGCACGCCAAGAUGGAGGGACAGACAAACUCGGAAGAAAACAAACAACAGCUACUGGCGGCACACAAAGCUGAGCUAGAGGGUCUAGAAAAGAGUCUGGAUAGGGAAAGAGAACGACAGCUAGCAGCCCUCAAGGGAAAAUUGGGGGCAAAGCGGGGGCAAAGAAUAGAGGAACAAAAAAGGAAACAAGAACUGAACGUACAGAAGGAGUUGUUGGAACAAAAGAGAGAGUUAGAGCAAGUACAUAACAAACAGGUUAAGGAAGCAGAGAGCAAGGCCAUAGUAGAGGGAAUUAGGAACAACAGCGAAGACAAUGCCGACAUUGUUAUCAGAAAGGUGCUAGAACAACGACAAAGACGUGAGUUGGAGCAGUUGGAGGCGGAUCUUACAUUGGAAACACAACAGCUCAUCUCAACAGCCCUUCUCGAGUGUCAGGACACCCACAACCGUCUCAAAGAGGAGCUGGCAACCAGACAGAAGCAACAGUUGUCACAGUGUGAAGACGAGACUAGUAAGGCCAAGUUGAUUGAGUCUCAUCAGAGAGAGUUCAAUGAUUUGGAGGCCAGGAUGGAGAGAGAGUGUGCAUCGGUGGAAAACUCACUAGGAGUGGAAGUUGAAGCAAAGCAUGCCCGAGCAAGACUGGAACUGAGGGAAAAACAUUACAAGGAGUACCUAUCAGCCCUCACUGAGUUGGCUCCAGACUCUCAGAAAAUUCGGAUGUCAGUAGAGGCUGCGUCUGCAGCUGCCAAGGAGCUGGAGGAGGUCAAAUGUCAGCUGGAGGCAGACAGAGCUAAGAGAGAAAGUCAACUGCAGGCAGAGAGGGAAAGUUUAGAGCAUACCCAAAGUGCACUUCUGAAAGAUGCGAUGAAGGAAUUUGAGCAAGAGCUAGAGGCAGAGGAACAAAGCGAGCAGGACAAACUGCAGGAGUCAAUGGCUGCUCUACAAGAAGAGAAAAACAGAAUAUUGGCUGAGAGGAAGGAAAAAAUACAAGAACGUGUCACGCAGUUCAGCAGCGAUGGGGGAGAAAAAUUGUUGCAAUCUCACAACAAAGACACACAAAAAUUAGUGAACAAGAUUGAUGCACAGAGAUUAAGAAUGCGAGCAGACCUCCAGGAGCGAAUCAAUAAACGUCGUGAGGGUAAAUUAAAAAUGAAGGAGCUAGCUAUUCAAAAAGAAAUGCUUGUCGAAAGGCAACAUAUGGAGGAGAAAGAAAAGCUCGAACGGAGAAAGUUGGCCAAAAAGGAGACAGUGAGAUUUGAAUCCUUGCAGCACGUGCUAGAAGCGACCUUGUCAGUGCCCGAGAUAUCUACGGAAGAUCAGACGAUAGCUGAUGAACAUUUAAAGGUCCCGGAACAUACAGAGCUCCCUCUCUCGCAGCAAGAGAUUACGAAAUUCAUCCUGGCAACUCCUCUUUAUCACAGACUGGAGCAGAUUAAGAUGGUACUGACGCAAGGUCAUCUCACGCACACGACUGGUGAUGGGUACAUUGACCCAUUGGAUGUUCAAUGGACAGAGGACACAGUGCUACACACCCUCAACCUCACUGAUUUAUCCCCAAGGCAUUUUGUAGUGUACAAGUUUGGAUGCUGCGUAAUGAAAUCACUGGAGACAGUGUGUGGAUAUGAGCCAGCUACGCUACUAUUAGCAGACAAGAUCCCACCGAAUAAGUCUUACCACAACAACAGUUUCCGGAAUUCGUUCGCAUUCGAUGCUCAAAACAAAAUUAUUUAUAUCCGACUGGAGCGACUUGAAAAUGUUGGAGAGUUUUUACUUGUUCUAGUGCACACCCUUGCACACAUCAAGGCUGGUUCGUUUGAGAGCGAUUCACAACACUGCUUUUUAAGAGAGUUCUUCCGUGCUUUAUCUCUCAUCUGUAAUGAUCUGUUUUUAUCCAAGUAUAGAGAAGAUUCGUCAGUCACCUCAAAACUCACCAUGGACACUAACAAGAGCCCACAAAACAUUCUCAAAUCUGUGUUUGAAUCCACUCAAUUUGUGCUUGACAAGGGCAACGUUGUGGAUGGGUUACUGGACACACGAGUAUUGGCAAACAAUGAUAUCCAUGGCAACGAAUUUACGCAAGAGAGAGUCAUGAAGAGAUUGCAGCAGUAUGCCGAGUUUCAAACAGGCUCUAAAUUGAGGGGGUAUUUAGAUGAACUUGAAGCUGAGAAAAACAAUGAAUUAUCACCCCCCAGCUCAGGGGGAACAACGAGGGCAACCCAAUCACUUAGCACACGCGACAAGUGGCGUAACGCACUCAGAAGAGUAUCAAGGAAGAAAAACCAACAAGAUAAGCAUCAAUACCGACAACUCUUGACCGUUCAAGUAUUACGUAUUGAGCAACGCUUAGGAGAAAUCGAGAGUGAGUAUCGUAAAGCCAUUAAUGAGAGAACUAGUAUUGGAACGCAAAUUGAAGAACUUGAGGCCCAGCUAAUGGAGACUCAGGUGACACUGCAGAGGUCAGAGGAUGGUUCAAUUCCACGAAGAGAGGAAGUGAAGAAUAUCUAUAGUAGACUGAGUGCAGCUAGGACUGGACAAGCGACCUUUGACUUGCGGAUCAAUGGAUAUUUGAAGCAAAUAGAAGGGUUUAAAGUGCAGCUAAAGCAAAAGAAUGACUUGCUGAGAGACUAUGAUUGAACUUUUAAUUAAUAAAACUCAAUCUAUUACAUCAUUGAGCAUUAACAUCAUUUACAUAAUUAUUAUUUUCUGGCAAUUCUAUAACUAUGAUCAAAGUAUAUAUAUAUAGCGAAUUUAAGUGCCAACUCAGACUGAAUGCGCAUGCAAUUUUGUACCUAAAAAAGUAUUGACAUGCUGUAAUUAUUUUUCUGGCACUUAUAUAAAAAGGUGUGUUUGUAAUACCAAUCUCGAAUCCAGGCAUUUGAUGCAGUAAAACUGUCUAUAGACGCAGCUGCUGUAAAAUACAGAGACCAAAAUUCAUAUACCAAUAUAUCUUUUCGACCUAUUCUGUGGCAAAAAACGGCUAUAAUUUUAAAGUGAGAUUGCACUCGCCAUUAUAAUAUUAAUAAUUUAUUUUACACACUAUACAGCUGUAGUGCCGUGGAAAGUGCCAUCAAAUUUUAGCGCCAGCUCGGAUUGAACGGGUUCUAAACGUGUACCACUCCAAAGUCUCAAUUUUUUUUAUCCUGGCGCUGUAAUUACAUAACUAUACGUAUAUACGGUAUUAUUGAGUUAGCAGCUCGUGCCUACGUAUAUGCAUAAAAAUUAUUAUAAACUUG